CGCCGCCGCCUUCUCUUCUGCCGCGAACUUGUCCGAGCUGUCGCAGUGUGCCCACUGCCAACCAUGGCGUCCGGACGCAAGGAUUUUCUCAGCCAACAGGCGCCCGAGAAUUAUGUCGCGGGUCUGGGUCGUGGUGCAACUGGAUUCACAACGCGCUCCGACCUGGGUCCAGCGCGCGAAGGCCCCACGCCCGAGCAGAUCCAAGCUGCGUUGACGAAACGCGCACAGCAACUCGGAGCUGCUGCGCCCACUGCUUACGGAGACAAGUCUCGGGAGAAGGGUGGUAAGGAAGAUAAGGAAGAAGAGAACGAUGAGCGCUUCCAGGAUCCUGAUAAUGAGGUGGGCUUAUUUGCCUACGGUCAAUUUGACCAGGAGGACGACGAGGCGGAUCGUAUUUACCAGGAAGUGGAUGACAAGAUGGACAAACGGCGCAAAAAGCGGAGGGAAGCCCGUGAGCAAAAAGAACGUGAAGAAUACGAACAGAAAAACCCCAAGAUUCAACAGCAGUUUGCCGACCUGAAGCGAUCAUUGGCCGCCGUCAGCGAGGAGGAAUGGAACAAUCUUCCCGAAGUUGGCGAUCUGACGGGCAAAAACCGUCGAGCAAAACAGAAUCUCCGCCAGCGAUUCUAUGCGGUCCCCGACAGCGUCAUCGCGGGCGCGCGUGACUCGGCGCAAAUGGAUACUACGGUCACCGACGAUGGUGCUCAACCCGAAGGAGCAGCUGGCGAUGAGACCAUGAUGAACUUCGCCGAGAUCGGCGCAGCGCGUGAUAAAGUACUGAAAGUCAGACUGGAUCAGGCAGCCCAGGGAUCGGGGGCAGAAAACAAUUCUGGAAGUGCCACAAGUAUCGACCCUAAAGGUUAUCUCGCCAGUUUGACAGAGUCAGAAAUGAAGGCUGGCCAGAUCGAAAUGGGUGAUAUCAAACGAGUUCGAGUUCUGCUGGAAUCAGUUACCAAAACCAACCCCAAGCACGCCCCGGGGUGGAUUGCCCUUGCACGUCUGGAAGAAGUUGCGGGUCGUAUUGUUGCGGCAAGAAGUAUCAUCGCCAAAGGAUGCGAGCUCUGUCCGAAGAGCGAAGACAGCUGGCUGGAGAAUAUUCGUUUGAAUGAAGGCCACAAUGCCAAAGUCAUUGCCGCAAACGCUAUUAGAAAUAACGACCGCUCGACAAAACUUUGGACUGAGGCCAUGAAACUAGAGACGGAACUUCGAGCAAAGAAGAACGUCCUCCGACAGGCUAUCCUGCACAUCCCUCAAUCCGUCGAAAUCUGGAAAGAAGCCGUCAACUUGGAGGAUGACCCAGCGGAUGCACGUCUACUCCUGGGGAAGGCUGUGGAGAUGAUUCCUUUGUCGGUGGAGCUCUGGCUGGCCCUCGCUCGACUCGAAACGCCGGAGAACGCGCAAAAGGUGCUCAAUGCUGCACGCAAGGCUGUUCCUACCAGCCAUGAGAUUUGGAUUGCCGCCGCUCGUCUUCAAGAGCAGAUGGGUACAUUCGAAAGAGUCAACGUCAUGAAGCGUGCCAUCCAGUCACUCGCCAAAGAGAACGCAAUGUUGAAGCGGGAGGAAUGGAUUUCCGAAGCAGAACGCUGCGAGGAAGAAGGUGCCGUUCUUACUUGUGGUGCCAUCAUUCGAGAGACUCUCGGAUGGGGCCUGGACGAAGACGACGAUCGCAAGGACAUCUGGGUGGAAGAUGCUAAGUCUAGUAUCGCUCGAGGCAAAUAUGAAACCGCCCGGGCCAUCUAUGCCUACGCACUACGUAUCUUUUACAAUCAGAGAUCGAUCUGGCUUGCUGCGGCCGAUUUGGAACGUGUCCAUGGUGACAGAGAAGCUCUGUGGCAUGUCCUGGAGAAAGCUGUUGAGGCCUGCCCUAAGAGCGAGAAGCUUUGGCUGCAGCUGGCGAGGGAGAAGUGGCAUUCCGGAGCAAUUGAUGAAGCUCGACUAGUUCUUGCUCGUGCGUUCAAACAAAAUCCUGACAAUGAGGACAUCUGGCUUGCUGCCGUCGAGCUCGAAGCCGAUGCGAAGGCGACUGACCAAGCUCGUGACCUACUUGCAACCGCUCGCAGUCAAGCUGGGACGGACCGCGUAUGGAUCAAGAGUGUCGCUUUCGAGCGUCAACAUGGAAACGAAAACGAUGCACUGGAUCUCGUCAACCAAGGUCUGCAACUGUAUCCGAAGGCUGACAAGCUCUGGAUGAUGAAGGGCCAAAUCUACGAGGUUCAGAAAAAGUACCCGCAAGCACGCGAGGCAUACGGAACCGGCACUCGGGCUUGCCCCAAAUCUGUGUCACUCUGGCUUUUGGCCUCACGCCUGGAUGAAAAGACUGGUGCUGUCGUUCGUGCUCGUUCGGUUCUUGACCGAGCUCGCCUCGCGGUGCCCAAGAGUGCUGAGCUUUGGACAGAAAGUGUGCGUGUCGAACGCCGCGCAAACAACAUUCUACAAGCCAAGAAUCUCAUGUCGAGAGCAUUGCAAGAAGUUCCGGCAUCGGGUCUGCUCUGGAGCGAGAGUAUUUGGCAUCUCGAGCCUCGGGCUCAACGCAAGUCUCGCAGUCUCGAGGCUAUCAAGAAAGUUGACAAUGAUCCCAUCUUGUUCAUUACAGUGGCGCGAAUUUUCUGGGGCGAGCGUCGACUGGAUAAGGCCAUGACUUGGUUCGAAAAGGCCAUUGUCUCGGACAGUGAUUACGGCGAUGGAUGGGCCUGGUACUACAAAUUCUUGCUGCAACACGGAACAGAGGAAAAACGCUCAGAUGUGCUAUUCAAGUGCGUUUCAACCGAGCCCAAGCACGGUGAGGUGUGGCAAUCGAUUGCCAAAGACCCUGUCAAUGCGCACAAGUCGACGGAGGAUAUUUUGAAGCUCGUUGCAGACACUGUUAACUGA